AUGGCUGAGGAUUGUGAGUUGUGGUAUAUCAUAUGUGAUGGUCCUUAUGUUCCAACCAGAGUACUAAAGGAACUUCCAUUUUCAAUGGCAAAAACUAGCAAAGAGUACACUGAAGUAGACAAGAUAGUUGUGGAGAAGAAUUUUUGUGCCAAGAAAAUUCUAGUAUAUGGAAUAGGACCUAAAGAGUACAAUAGAAUCUCCACUUAUGACAUUGUCAAGGAGAUAUGGGAAGCUUUACAAAUAGUUCAUGAGGGAACUACACAAGUAAAACAGUCUAAGAUUGGCAUGCUCACUGCCGAGUAUGAACACUUCAAAAUGAGGGAUGAUGAAUCCAUUCAAGAUAUGCAUACGAGAUUCACUUCCAUCAUAAAUGAGUUACACUCCCUUGAUGAAAUCAUUCCCAGAAACAAGCUAGAGAUGACCGUAGAAGAGCUGAUCGAAAACUUAAAGACCCGUGAGUUGAAGAAAAAGAUAAAUAGUGAAAGAACAGAACCAAAAAGGGAAAAGAACCUGGUACUUAAAGCUGAUUACAAUGAUUCAAGUGAGGAAGACAGUGACAUGGCUUACCUAACCAAAAUAUUUCAGAAGAUGGUCGAAAGGAAUGGAGAAAUGCUAAAAAGGGACAUUUCUAUCAGACCAAGAAACUGGGAUCUUUGUUACAAGUGUGGAAAGCCUGGACACUUCAUGAAAGACUGUCCUCUCCUGAAGCAAGAAUUCUCCAAGAACCAUCAUGAGAAAAUAGCUAAGACGAACCUGGUUCCUGUCAAGGACUUCAAGAGAAAAAGAUCUGCAGAUAAAAUGAUAAGACAAGCUCUUGCACCAUUGAGGGAUUCAUCUAGUGAGUCUGAAGAUGAACCUGAUAUUGGUGAUAGUUCCAUGAUGGCAGUUGAAGGCGAAAAGACUGGAUAUGACUCAACUUUUGCUUUGAUGUCUCAAUCAGAUGAUGAUGAAGACAAUGGCAACAAAGAUCUUGUGGAGGAUAGGGACUCUUUGACCUUAGAAUUAGGAGAAUCUGAACAAACUAGAGAUGACUUAGUGGCUGUAGUUACUGACCAUAAGAAAACCAUUAAAAUCCUUAGAAAAGAAAAGAGUGAUAUGUUGGCAGAAGUUACAGACCUAAGGGAAACAAUAGUGAAACCAUGGACUAAGUCAAAACCUGAAAGUUCUGGAAAGGGAAAGGAGAUAGCAAGUGAGGAACACAUUAGGCUUAAAAAUGAGGGAGUAGGGUUCCAAAGGGAGAAAACUCCUCACAACCCUCACAGUAAGUACGUCACUAUCUCUGAUAACUGGUCGUGUACCCGAUGUGGUAACACUGGGUGCUUCAAGGAAGAUGUCCAGGCCAAGAAUCAACCAGUUCAGAAAAAUAAAGUGUUUGCUAAAACGGUGAUUACAAACGAGGGACCAGAUAUGAUGAGUCAAGUUAAGGAGCCAAAUGAAGACAAUGCUACCUCAUCUUUAAUAGAACCAAACACUUCAAUCACAACCACUGAAGCUGAAGAAAGAGUGGUUGAUGCAGUUCUGGGAACUCCACUAGCACCGGAGAGAAGGAUAGAAGAAAAUCAGCCAAACAUAUCCUCAUCCUCUCAUAAUGAACCUCAGGCAUCUAAUUAG